GAUUGUGCGUGAAGCUAACGGGGAUGAAAAAUUCAAAGUACAAUAUGGACAUAAUUGCUUAUUAUGGAGCAAAUAAGGAAAAUAACACAAGAGAUGAUAUUAUCAACAUUGAUUCUAUAAGUAAUAAGAUAUUAGAUUUUUUUAAAAUACAAAACACGCAACAAAAAACAAAUAUCACACGAGCUAAAACAUCAACUGUAAUUGAAGAAACUAACGAGAACGCUGCCAAUAAUGAUGUCAAUUCACAUUCUAUAAUAAAUAAAAAGCGAAAAUUUGAGAGAUCAACAGAAAUUACGGAUUCAAGAAAAAAUAAUGAUGAAAUAACAGAUAAUUUUUCUGAUGUAUCACUCUCCACACACACACACAAGCGUGAAUCUAUUGCAGUAAUUGAUAAAAAUAAUAUUAAUCAUUUCAUUCUACGUAACAAUUCUUUGAUAAGUUAUGGUGAAUUUAAGAUUUUAUCAAAUUUUUCAAAUAUCGAGGAGCAACAGCAAAAAAUUCAAGCGCGAUCAUCGGAAAUCGCAUCAUUAAAUGAAGAUAUUGAUGCAAAAAUAAAAUCAUCCGAUGAGAUCAUAUCGAUGCAAAUGGAUAGCGAUCAAAGUCAAAAACUUUCAACGCAAAUUAAUGAGGAUCCUUUCGAAAGAAGAAAGUUACUGUUGGAUUUAAAUGUAAACAGCAAAUUGAUUGCUGUUCCAGGAUCAAUACAUAGAGUGAUUUUUGAUGCAACAAAUAACUGCAUCCUUCCAGUUAGAUAUGCAAUUCGAGCGAGAAGUUCUCCAUUUAGAAUCUAUAAUACCCAACCGAUUUUAUACAUGUGGUUACAUCCAGGACAAACAGAUCAGGUAGUUGUAGAGAUUUUUGUACCAGCUGGAACUCAAGAAACUGUCAAUACGCUUACACUGUCUAUCAUUGGUACAGAAAUAUUGGAAAAAACAGUACAGAUUUUUGUUCACAAUGAGCUUUCGAAAAAUAUUGAUAACGUAAAACCGACAAUUGAAUAUUGGUUUAAUAGCAACUGUGCCGGUAAAUUGGACAAAGAUCGUUGCGAAAAAACAUUUUGGAGUGCUGACAUUACUGUCCAAGAUUAUGAUUCAGGUUUAAAACGUGUAAUAGCAAUACCGAAUGGGUUAUACCCACGCACUAACUAUAUAAGUGGCACAAAGGAUCGAGUUACAUUUUACUAUUUAUCUACUUGCUGCACACCAACAGCUACAAUUACAGCAAUAGAUAUAUCGGAAAAUCAGUACACUCGUAAUAUUGAUGUAACAGCAUGGGACAACCUAUCACAAGGAGAAAUAGCAGCUGUCGUACUCGGUGCACUACUACUUCUUUUACUUAUAGUAUGUGUCAUUAUUGCAAUAGUAUAUUGUGUUCGUAAAAGGAAUAGUCAUGAUUUACCUUACACACAAAGAUAUGGCUCUAGAUCAAAACCUGCUCGAGCCGAAAGAACAAGUUUCUAACAGUAUUUGUAAGAA